AUGGACUUUUUCGAGAAGGAAGCAAAUAUGAAGGCCUUUGACGUCGUUCCCUUCUACAAAGAGUUCACCUUGGAUGUGAUCUACCGUAUUGCUAUGGGACAACGCGAAUCGGAGAUGUUCACUGAUAAGGAAAAAGUCGCUGCGGUGGACUCCAUAUUUCGAACUAAUCUCCGUCGACCGGUAUUCUACCUAGCUGCCCUAGUUCCCUGCCUUCGGAUUCCGUUAAGAAAGCUCUUCAUUGCUGCGGCUCCUCUGAGGAAAAGUAAAGUUCCUGCUCUCUUCCAAAAGAUCUACAAGACUAUCGACGAGAGGAUUGAAGCUCGGGCCAAAAAUGCCGCAGAAGGUAUAGCAUCACAAGAGCGGACAGACUUCAUAGACCUGUUUUUGGACGCAAGAGCCGAGCAAGAUUUUGACAACAAGGCAGAGUUCUCGAAAACAGGAGUUCAAGUGUCGAAGCAUUUGACCAGGGAGGAAAUUACCGCUCAAUGCUUCGUGUUUCUUCUGGCAGGUUUCGAUACCACCGCCACCUCCUUGGCAUUUGCUACCCAUCUGCUGGCUAAACACCCUUCGGUCCAGAAGAAUCUUCAAGAAGAAAUUGAUCAGCACUGUAAUCGUGAGGUUCGUGUCAAAGCUCAAGAUACCUUAUAA